UGGCUGCACUGUCUGUCAAUUCUGCCAUUUUGAUCACGUUCGCCGCAUGUCUUGCGGUUUAUUUUAAGUGUGAAAAUUAGAAAAUAAAAUCCGGAAAAAUGGCGCAAAGCAAGUUAAACGAUCUGGCCGGAAAAUUCGGUAAAGGCGGACCACCCGGAUUGGGUAUUGGGCUUAAAUUGUUGGCGUUAGGAGGAGCCGCUGUUUACGGUGUGUCCCAGGCUAUGUACACAGUUGAGGGUGGUCACAGGGCAAUAAUGUUCAACAGAGUUGGUGGCAUACAAAAAGAAAUAUACACAGAAGGUCUUCACUUUAGGUUACCAUGGUUCCAAUACCCCAUCAUCUACGACAUCAGAUCUCGUCCAAGAAAAAUAUCUUCUCCCACAGGUUCGAAGGAUUUGCAGAUGGUUAACAUUUCUCUCAGGGUUUUGUCCAGGCCUAAUGCGACGGCCUUGCCCACAGUAUACAGACAGUUGGGUCUGGAUUAUGACGAGAAAGUUUUACCUUCAAUUUGUAACGAAGUAUUAAAAUCUGUGGUCGCCAAGUUUAAUGCUGCCCAACUUAUCACACAAAGGCAACAGGUUUCUCUCUUAGUAAGAAGGGAACUGGUAGAAAGAGCACAAGACUUUAACAUCAUCUUGGAUGAUGUUUCCAUCACGGAACUCUCCUUUGGUAAAGAAUACACAGCUGCAGUGGAAGCUAAACAGGUUGCUCAGCAAGAAGCUCAAAGAGCUGCUUUUGUAGUUGAAAGAGCCAUACAAGAAAAACAAUCGAAAAUCGUGCAAGCCGAGGGUGAAGCUGAAGCUGCCAAAAUGUUAGGUGAAGCUAUCGGUAGGAAUCCCGGUUACUUGAAGCUGAGGAAGAUCAGGGCUGCCCAAAAUAUUUCCAGAACGAUCGCCAACUCCCAAAACAAAGUCUACCUCAACGGCAACAGCCUGAUGCUGAACAUCUCCGACAGAGAGUUCGACGAACAGUCGGAAAAGCUGCUGAAAAGUAAUGUAUACAGUUCCACAAAUUCAAACUCGAGCGGUACGGGGGGGUCGAACGUGGUAAAUUUAGCAAAUUAUGCCGCCGAUAGAAUAUCGGCUAAACCAGAUGCAUAACUUUUUAUUUAAUAUUUACAAAAAACUGUUGUAUUUAUUAAUUUUGUUGCAUUUAUUUUUUGUACAAUAAACAUAUUUUAGUAGUGA